AUGUCUGAUGGUGAAAAUCUCUUGGGAGUACUUUUCAAGCGCGCAAAAUAUAGUAGGAAAAAGACUGUUCCACAUCCCGCAGAUAUAUUCGAAGAAGGUACGAUGCUCUAUUGGACCGGACACAGAGGAACAACUCCGGCACGACCAUCUUCAUCCCCGUCAAACAACAGAAUCAAUGACCGAAUUUGCGUCACUGUAGUCAAAAAGCACGAACGCGAGACUGUUAUCGCUGCACCUCCUCGCGGAUCGGAUUCGGAAAUAAGGGGGGCACCCAGUAGGACUAUAUCACCUGAAGAGGUGAGCGUGUUUUAUAAUAUACGACUUGAAAUCGAUGGAACAGAGAUUAAAAGGGUCAAUGGGAAGGAGUUGAGACGGCCGCAUAUACGUGAUAAUUGGUUGGCCAGAAGUGCGGUCAGGAAGGGCUAUAGCGGUUAA